AUGGCUAGCAACGGUAACAAGCAAACCACCAUUACUUCUCUCUUUCUCUCAUCAUAAACACUUUGAAGACUUUCAUGUUUGGCUGCUGAUGUUGUUGAUGUUAGAAUUCCAGCCGCCGGAGACCAUUUACCAAACUUCAUUUCUCUUUCCUUAAAUUCUCCUGUCCACCUCCCUGAACUUUGCUAGCUAAAGUAAUGGCAGGAACUGGUAAAGAAGAAGAAGAGGAGGAGGAGGAGGAGGAGGAGGUACAGAAGAAGAAGGAAGGUGAUGAAGAAGAGAAAAGAGGAGUGGUGGUGGUUGCAGAGCCACCUGCAGCUGCAGCAACCAUCUCUAGACUUCAAGCACAACGCCCUCCAGACCCCAUCCACAUCUCAUCCCCACCUCCUCCAACCCCUUCUUCUGUUCAGCCAAUCUUAACCACUCCUCCUCAGGGAACAAACAACAUAGGCAUAAUCUCUCUCAACUCCAGAGUAUACACCAACAGAAUCUCUCUGUGCCUCUUCUUGUUCCAUCUCCUGGUUGCCACCACCGCAAUCACCUUCUUCAGCUACAAAGGCGUGCAAGGCUUGCUUGACAUCGGCUCAUGGCGUGCGAGGAGAGCACGCAUGGUGCUCAAGUUCUGGCUUCCUCCUAUCGAAGGCUCUGCAAUCCUUGCCAUCUUCUUAGCGUUCGCCUGGCAAAAAGCAGUACGGACGUGGCCAUUUUUCAUGGUUGGGUUCAUCCUCUGGUCCUGUUUUGCCACCACUAUGGCGGCAGGGAUUCUCCUCCUCUGCUUCUCUCUCCCGGCCACAGACGGCUGUGGCAUCGCACUAAUCCUCUUCUCCAUCGGCACCGGUCUCUACGCCUGCUGGUCCAUGCGCCGCACUCCAUUCACUGCACGCGUCUUCGCUAAGUCCCUCACACCAGUAGCCAAAUUCCAAGCUUUGAACGGCCCGGCCUAUCUCAUGCUCGGUGUCGGCUUCCUCUGGAUCUCAAUCUGGUGCUUUGCCAUCAUCGGCGCUCUCAACUUCUACUACCCACCCUUAACCAUCAUCGCGCUCGUGCUGAGCCUGGCCUGGACCGCUGAAGUGAUGCGCAAUGUCGCCAAUCUCACGGUCAGCCGCGUCAUCGCUCUGUACUAUCUCCGCGGGAUGCAGUGCAACGUUCAGUUCAGCUUCCAGCGCGCCCUGUCACUCAACCUCGGCAGCGCGUGUUUGGGCUCGCUUUUCGUUCCCACCAUCGAAUUCCUCCGCAUCGUCGCGCGCGCGCUCAAUUUGUUGGAAGGUGAGGACGAAUUCAUGUUCUCGUGCGCGCACUGUUGCCUUCGUGUCAUGGAAUCCAUCUUUCGUUAUGGCAACAGCUGGGCUUUCGUUCAUAUCGCGGCGUAUGGAAGGGGAUUUGUGGCAGCGUCGCAGAGUACGUGGGGUAUGUUCGAGGUGCAGAAGAUGGAGGAGCUGGUGGACUCGGACAUCACCAGUGCGGUUUGCUUCUUGACAGGCGUGGCCAGUGGUUCUCUUUGUGUUAUCUUUGCUGCCUCUUGGACCUUCUCCGCCCAUAAACACUACACCGCCACCGUCUCUUUGUUAGCCUUCUAUGUUGGCUAUCUCAUGACGAGGAUAGGAAUGGCGUUGCCACAAGCGUGUGUGGCGUGCUUCUAUGUGUGUUUCGCUGAGAACCCGACGAACCGGCUGUUUGACUCGACCAUACCGGACCGGCUAAACCAGAUCCACUCAGGGCGUGACCCUCUCGUUCCUACGCCUCGGUUUCCUCGCCGUCUCAUCGCUACCGCAUGACUUGACUUCCUAUCUCUUGACUUCAAGACUUGCGACGGAGAGGAAGGAAGUGAGGAUGGUGAAGUUACUGAAGUGGACUUCCCGGCUUGAGAUGAGUGGAUCAUGGAUGGUGUUUCACAUUGAUGUGUGGCUAUGAGAAAGGGUAAAGGAUGAGGACAUCAAUAGAGAAAGGAUUCCAAAUACGUCAGCAAUCACUUUGAUGGAAAAGGCUUUGGUCUUUUCUUGAUGGGCAUAUCCAAUGGGGGACCAUUCUGGUGGCUGGGAAUAUUCGGAUAAGGGAGGAAGGAGGCUUUGAGUGUGUGGAUGUGGAUCCCCACUAGUAAUCAGGAACUUAUUUUUGUUCUUGUGAUGCCCUGUAAUUUUGUGACAUUGCAAUAUUAUCAUCCGUCCUUGCCA